UUAUAUCAGUUAGGGGACAAAUGAUAAGGAAAAAUGAUCGGGGUGGGCUAAACCGUUUCACUUUCAUGUAUAUAUAUAUACCGUAACAAGACCCUCCCAGAUAAUAUUAUAAUACCUUUCUUUAAUAAUAAGUAAAAUAGUCAGAGCAUCUUAAAUCCUAACAUACUGAUGGAAUAUUAAUUUCCACCAAUUCGCACAGUGGAAUUAAACCUUGACAAAAGUUAGAACAAAAACAAUGAUGAACAUAAGCUUUUCCCACUGGACUAAAACCUCGCCAACACCCACCAACGUGUGGCUUUUGCCUUCAAAGGCUCAGCAUUGAUUCCUGGGUCAGAUGACUCUGCAGUAGUCUGCUUUAUUAAUCGGCUCCGGCUUCGAUCAGCAGUGACGGAAACAUCACACGAUCAUUUUAGCCCAUUUUUUUUCCAGUGCCAUGCUAUGUGACGCACUUUGAAGUCCAAGAUUUUUGGACGAUUAUUAUAAUUUAUCAACAAACAAAACAUACAAUCAAUAUGCCUUAUCCUCAAAGCCACCAGACUCCAGUCAGACACAACAGACAUUUUGUUUCAGUCAACAGAAACAAAAUGAACCUCACCGAAACCGUCUACGUUAGUCCAACAAUCACCAACUCUGGUUUGAGAGUUGAAAAGAGGGACUGAAUAAGUAAGAUACAAAAAAGAAGCACCGUAACACUUUCACUGAUUACUAACCCUGUUUUCAACAGUGUUGUUGAACGUGACACGCCAGAGAAAAAAAACGACCAUCGCCUUCUUUUAGUGGGUUUUUACUGUGUGUAAAAAAACCUGAAUAAAUGAGUCCUUCUGUCGCUUCUGAGGGACUUUGUCCUGACCCCUGGAUUUCAAAUAACAAUUGUUAUGAAAUGAAUAGUAAAAUCUAAAUCUGUGCUUAAAAUAAUCGCAUACAUAACAUAUCGUUCCCUACUCUCCCAAAAAGUCAGAUGAAUGAAAGUACAUACUGUCGCUCACUUGUUUAUUUCACAGGAAUUAUUCCACUGUCAAGUUCUAAGAGCGGUUCAAACAUGUUCACACACCUCCACAUGAUCUGUGAGACCCGUCUGAACCUGAACACAACAUGUCGUCCUCUGCUGCUCAGUUUAUCCAUAUGUAAUAAAGGGGAGAAUUUCCUCGUCUAAGCUGCUUUGGAAUCUGUUGGAGAGAUUAGCUUCACUGAAAGACCAAGGCUUUUUGGCACACGGAGCCCGAGCUGCAUGCUGCUUUGUGGAAAUGAAUCAGCUGCAAGGUAUUUUAAUGAAUGCUAACUUCAGUCAGUACUUGCUAGGGUUAUGGAGCUGAGGUUGUUUUUGUUCACUGGGACCUUAAAAUGACAGUUACUGUUACCAUCUGCUGCCUUCAGGUGCUGUUGUUUUUAACGGCCUAGAGAGAUUGUUUUGUGUCUGUGAUUUCCGUGCUUUUAUAUUUUGAAGUAAACUCUGGUCAAACCACUUCUCCCUGAAACCGAGAACCUGGCAGGUUUAUGAAAGCAGCCACUCUAGUUCCCGCCGGUGUGAGAGUAAACUGUUAGCACUGAAUGCUUUCACAGGAGCUAACUGCUAACUGGACUGAAUAUCUGCUUCAUGCAUUGAUUCAGACCGUGUUGGUGCGCUAUGGAGCUGCCAAAAAUACGACUUCUUCCAUCCCUCCAUUGGAUCUACAAUUCCCAUCAUGCUUUGGGGGAUGCAAGCAAAACGUAUAAUGUUGCCAUGAAGACAGUGAGUUGGCUUUUGGCUACACAUUGAGCUCUGUUUUUGAGCCUAUAUUUGUUUACAGUUGAGCAUUUGUGCCAUGCUGCAUCAGCUACUAGCACUUCCCGUUUACUCUGGAACCACGGAAACAGACAACAUUCACUGGGUCACUGGAUACUGAAGAAAGUCUGAUUGUUAAUGUUGAUUAGGAAAGAUCUGAAGCUAUAGGAGACAUCUGAUUUAUUGAUCUUUAUGUGUGUAUCACGUCUGCGUAUUGAGAUUUGAGUUAUGUUUUCCAUAAAAGGCCACUGCAGAGACAUUCAGUCACCAGCUACCAACCUGUAGAGGUGUUGCAACUUGGGAAACAGGUUCAAAAUCGUCUUUAUUGUGCAGCAUAUACAAUAAUUGUAAAUACCACUAUCUAGUUGUCACACAGUGAGCAUGAAGCCUUUGGGGCCCCUGAGGGUCCGGGGUUUGUAGUACGGUCUUGGUUAGAGCCAGGCUUUCCGGUGUAUGUUUACCCUUUGCUUGUCUUUCAUAUCUCCUCCAUGACUCAACAACAAGUGCUGCUGUAAUGGUGGUAUUGGACUAUUAUCUGCUCAUCUGCUCGCCUCCCCCUCUUCCUUUAUACAUCUCAAAAAUAGAAGUUAUGCAGAGACAUUGCUCAGUGUUCCUGGUACUAAUUUAAAGGGGAGUAGCCCAGAGAAAACAUCACAGGCUUUUCUCAGUUGACCUUUUGGAAAGUUGUGGCUGGGCAGGGCUGGUGUCUGGUUUUUAGUCCAGUGGCAACCUCGAUAUACUGUAUGUAUGUGAAGUUUGAUCGGUGUGAUUUUGAAGGUUUGCAUGUUGCUAUUGCGAGCCUCCUAAAUCUAUAAUUAGAGGUUAGGCUGUUAGUCAGGCUGGUGUUUGACAAACAGAACGUCAAUAAACAUUUCAUGGAAAAAAGCAGUGAGUAUUUAGACUCCUUCCUGGUGGAGCUGUUUUUAAGGAAUAGCCUUUCUGGUUUAAGUAAGUAAAGUAAAUGGCCAAGUCAGUGUAUUUAAAUCAACCGCACUCUUUCCAUCCCUUCCUGUCCUGUGAAUACACACACACACACACACACACACUUCAUCUGGUUUGCCUCAGGCCAAUAACAUGACCCAGGUGUGGGAGUUCUUUUCUGCAGUUCUGACAGCAUGGAGCCCAGUUAGCUUAAGGCCUUGUUUAUAGUCGCUUAAGCACCGUGGUGUGGGACUUCACAGCCGGCUCAUGAGCUACGAGCACGCAUAACGACAUUUGUGCUCAGCGCAACUUUCAUUGCAAUACUUGCUAAAACGUCAGGGGGCAUUGUAAAAAAUAAAGGAAGUGCACCGAUACCAGUAUCGUAAAACUACUCAAUACAUCUGACAAUAAAUCCGAUAAUAAAUCCGAUAAUAAAUCCGAUACAUCCUUUACAGCAAUGUGACGUUAACCUUGAUCCCUCUGUUAAUUGCUAAGAACAGAGGGAUCAAGAUUAGGUUUCUUUAAAAGAGGUUGGACCACAGCAUGUUUAAGAGUCGAUAAAAUCAAGACGGCGAUACAGGUUUAAAAUUGCUAAAAUAACUAGGAAUAUCCCUCCAGACAUGUAAAACACGGUCUGGGGGGUUAUUUGAUUCUGUUUGUAAAAAAAGUUUAAAAACUGCUCACACAUCUCUUGUGAGGCAUCAGUAAAAUUGCAGAGGGAGGGAGUGACCACCGAGUCAAUUAUCAUUAAAAUAAUUGGCGGAUUCAAGUGGUUUGCUAAAAUUAAGUUGGAGAAGAAGGAAGUUCGUGCUUCUUUAAAUAGACACAGAUAGAGAAAUAGACCGAGAGAUAAACUAUGGUGGGAAAGAAGGGCAGCUCUGCUGGAACCGAGGACAAGAUGGAAAAUGAAUUGUGUAUGUAGGACAUGGGAACAAAGUCUAGUGAAAUGUGAGAGAGGGAGGAAACAGGAGAGACAGGUAAUGAGAGGACAGAGGCUAAGGAUUAGGAUUGGAAUGAGAUAAAAUAGGAUUGAGGCAGUUGUCUGAGAUCAAGGGGCGAGGGCGGAACAAAGAGAGAGGAGGCAGGAAAAUGAAAGGAGAAGAAGAGGUAAAUGUGUUGACAGCUACAAGAUAGAGAGAGGAGGGGGGAAGAGACCAGCACCUCCAUAUUACUGGCUGUGGCCAAAGCAGGAAUGUCCUCUGGUUGCACCACAGCUGAAACAUACUUUUGACCCACAGAGUUCCUGCUGACGCUGUCCCAGACAGGAAGACAACAUGGCCUCCAGCUCUAACCCCCUCAGUGGCCUCACAGACAGGAGCGGGAGCUUCUUUAAGCUGAUUGAUACAUUUGCAUUGGAGAUUGGGGAGCUGAAGAGAGAGAUGGUCCAGACCUCUCCAACAGCCAACAGAGAGCCUAUGGAUCUACGAGGGCUGGAGAGUGAGGUGAGCGGCGUUUACCUCCAGUCCCCCCACUGUGGGGGGGAGGGGGGUGAGAGGGAUUCUGGAUACGACUCCCUGCGAAGGAGGAUGAGCGUGUUGGACAGGCUGAGUCGAACCCAUCCGGUGUGGCUGCUGCUGGCCGUCAGUGAAGAGGAGGCCGGUCGUAUUCUGCUCAGACAACCUCCUGGGGUUUUCCUGGUCAGGAAGUCAGCCGCACUGCAGAGAAAGGUUCUGUCUGUGCGUCUGAAGGAGGAUCCAUCAGGAACUCCAGUCAGCCACUUCCCUGUCAGAGAGAGCCAGUACAUUCAUGGAGCAGUGAUGGUGCCAAAUUGUGAUGACACACCAGCUGUGGAUUUUCCCUGCUGUAAUGACAGCACACAUGGGAAGGCCGUCCGCCUUUGGCCGGGUUUGUCCUUUAAAUCCUUUUCUCUCGAGGAAUCUGGGAUCAGCUUUGCAGAUCUGUUUCGCCUGGUGGCCUUCUACUGUAUUAGCAGGGAUGUCCUGCCUUUCACACUCCAACUCCCAGAGGCCAUUGCAUCGGCUAAGACUCAGAAAGAACUGGAGGAGGUGGCUCAGCUGGGAGCAGGCUUCUGGGACUCUGCCCUGUGCAGUCAGCGGCGCCCUUCCCCCCGUCCCUGUCGCCCUCUGAGCCGUACCCUCAGCCCCCAGCGAACUAACAGGAACAGGGAGGUUGAGGGGUCACGGCUGAGACACACCGGGGCUCACUGCGACAGUGCACCCCCGACCCUGCGGUCCGGCGCUCCUCCACCUUCCUUUCAUCUUGAGAGAAGACAUUCCAGUGGUCCUCUGUGCUUUGUCAACCCCCUGUUUCUCCAGACUCGUCGGAACCACCACCACCGCCGUGAGGACGAUCCACCUUCACGUGCUGUCAAGUCCGAUAACAACCUAGAGAAUGCAGAGAAAUCGCCCGUGAAGCCGCUCAGCAGCAGCCGAGGUAGCGAGCAGCACGUGGACAAGAUCAAACUGAACGGCAAAUCACGGCCACCUCCCCCUCGCCCUCCUCCCCCCCGCUCGAUGCCACGCCGGCGCCCUGCUCCUCCACCGCCUGGACCUCUGGCAGCUACCACCAGACCCAAGAGCAUGCCAGAGGCCGUUGCUGUGUCUACAAGACAGCAACCGUCGCUCAGCAGGCGCAAGGCUCCCGCUCGACCAUCAAUGGGUGCCAAGCAUAGCAGCCCGUCCAAAACUGCCAGCUCACCAGUCCCUGUGCCCACAAACCCACCACCUCCAAGGCCAAAGAAGCCUGAUCUGGAAGCUCACCGCUGCCACAUUGCCUUGGAUGAUGAGACCAUUGCCAAGGCUCUGUCCCGAGCCAAGCUUCCACCCUGCCAGCCUCCACCUGCCGUCCCUGCUGAUGUACUACUGGAGAAGAGCGCUGGGAGUCUGUCUACUCCUAAGGAGAGGGGACGCCAGCGGCUCAGUGACAUGAGCAUGUCUACUUCCUCCUCUGACUCACUGGAAUAUUCACAGUCUCCUGGAUUCUCCCUGGGCCUGGCCCCUAGUCCAUCCCGACACCUUACUCAUCAAGACCCAGUGGAGGACAGCAGUGAAGACGAUGAGGACGGGGAAGAAGACGAGGAGGAAGACUAUGGGGUCGGUCUGGAGACGGACCUAGAAAUGCAACACCGUCCGUCCUUCAAAGCACGGAGGCGAAUGGUUGGCGUUAGUCUGAGCGGUGGCUCCUUCAUCCUCCCCAGGGCCCUGAAGGGACGCUUCCUUAAGGUGAGCGGCAUGCUCAGCUCCCUCAUGACCCCCGAGAGACGGGCGGUGAAAAGGAUCGCUGAGCUGUCCAGGGACAAAAGCUCAUAUUUUGGCUCCCUGGUCCAGGACUACAUCAGCUUUGUUCAGGAGAACCGAGGCUGUCACACCUCAGGGACGGAUUUUCUGCAGACUCUCAGGCAGUUUAUGACACAGAUGAAGGCUUACCUGGGCCAGAGCUCCGAACUGGACCCCCCUAUAGAGUCACUUAUACCUGAGGACCAGAUCGACCAGGUGCUAGAGAAGGCCAUGCACAAGUGUGUCCUAAAGCCUCUGAGGAGUGUGAUCGAGAUGGCUUUACAUGACUUCCAGGUGAGCAGCGGAGCUUUGCAGCAGCUGAGGGAGAACCUGGCCGUGGCUAAGACCAAGAGGCCGCAAGAGUUAGGGGUGGACGGAGCCGUGCCUCCCAACCCCGAGGCUAUCGAGAAGAUCUGCCACAAGUUCCUAAACAUGAGGAAGAUGUACUCUCCCGAGAAAAAGGUGUCAUUGCUGCUGCGUGUGUGUAAACUCAUCUAUACCAUCAUGCAGGAUAACUCAGGGAGGAUGUUCGGUGCCGAUGACUUCCUGCCCAUGCUGACUUAUGUGGUGGCUCAGUGUGACAUGCCUCAGCUGGACACAGAGAUCCAGUACAUGAUGGAGCUGCUGGACCCGUCUUUGCUGCAAGGAGAGGGGGGCUACUACCUGACCAGCGCCUACGGAGCCAUGGCCCUCAUCAAGAACUUCCAGGAGGAGCAGGCAGCGCGGGUGCUGAGCUCUGAGGCCAGGAACACUCUGCACCAGUGGCACAGACGGCGAACCACCCAACGUUCAGCACCGUCUGUGGACGACUUUCAGAACUAUCUCCGUGUAGCCCUGCAGGAAGUGGACACAGGCUGCACGGCCAAAACCCUGAUCGUCCACCCGUACACAACCACAGAGGAGGUGUGCUCACUCUGCGCUUACAAGUUCAAGAUCCCGGACCCUGACACCUUCGCACUGUUUCUGGCCACCAAGGACACUAGCCAGCAGCUGGCCCCGGACACACACCCUCAACGGAUCAAAGCCGAGCUCCACGGCCGGCCCCGGGCACAGAUCUUCCACUUUGUCUACAGGAGGGUCCCUAACCUCAACCUCUGUGUCCCUGCCAUCAUGCACAAUGGAAACUGCCUUCAAGUUGAAUAGAUCCGGAGAUUAUCACAGCGUGCUGCACUUGAUCCUAAACAAUACUUAUGCUUUGUGGUAUUAUGGUGGUGCUUAUAGAUUUUGUAGAUAGUUUUGAGGACGUCAGAAUGGAAACAGAAACCGAGCUGUAUAUUGGCAUAUUGAUGCAUAGAUAAAAUAUCAAAUAUGAUGCAAGGCAAAUAAGGUAAUUUACCUUAUGAGGGACCACCAAGGGGAAGGAUCAAGACUGUGGCUCAGUUUGGGUCAAAAAGAAUGUGAAGUAGGUUAGGUGGUAUCAGAUCGUGUUUAGAGGCUGGUUUGCAGGAUUUUGAGUAUGUGAAGUAUUAUAAUGGAGGUGAAAGGUUUCUUGGACAAGUAUGCUAAAGCAGAGGUCAUACAGUUUAAUAUUGCAUGUUAUGUAACCAACGUUUGCCUUAAUUGCUGUUGUCUCGGGUCCCUUCAAAAGGAAUUGAACAUACUACAUACAGUGUGUUGCUACUGAAAGCUUUCAGCUAUCAUCCAGGGAUUAGUCAGCUUUCAUCAAAAUGACCCAGAUAAAAACGUCAUGCUAAAACGUUGAUUUAAUAAGUCAAAUGAACUAUUGUAAAAGUAGUUUUUUAUUGCUCUUAUGUAUAUUUUCUGCAAUUGCUGGUCAAUUGUAGCUUGUAUGUCCGUGUAGAAAUAUUUUUAUAUUCAAAUUUUCCAUCACUAAAGAUUUAUAUUCUGAUUUAAUAUUUCUGUACAGGACUCGAUAGUAGACUUGGAUUUAUAUCUUGAAAGUCCAUUUAAAACAACACUGUUUCUAUAAUUUGUUAUGGAGAGCUCAAAGCGGACUUCUUGCUACAUUAUUUUUGGAAGAAGUGUCCAUUUUGACAGCACAGGUCUAAACAGAAGGUUGUGAUGUAGGGGAAUAUGUGUCUUUGUGGUUUGAUGUAUAAAGUCAAAUGAACCAUU